CUAAAAUCAAGAUGACUAAGAAGAGGAGGAAUAACGGUCGUGCUAAGAAGGGACGAGGGCAUGUCCAGCCCAUCCGCUGCACAAACUGCGCCCGCUGUGUGCCCAAGGACAAGGCCAUUAAGAAGUUUGUCAUCAGGAAUAUUGUGGAGGCUGCUGCAGUCAGGGACAUCUCUGAAGCCAGUGUGUUUGAUUCCUAUGUUUUGCCCAAACUCUAUGUGAAGCUGCACUACUGUGUCAGCUGUGCCAUCCACAGUAAAGUGGUGAGGAACCGCUCUCGCGAGGCCAGGAAGGACCGUACACCACCUCCACGCUUCAGGCCUACUGGUGGUGCCCCAAGAGCUCCUCCAAAACCAAUGUGAUCUGGAGCCGUUUACAUAAUUUUUUUAUGUAAAGAAAUAAAAUUGACUUAAAUGUUAA